AUGACGACGACUUCUUUAGAGACGGUAGCUUCUCUCUACCCUGACACUUUGAAAUGGUUUCAGUUGUACAUCUGGGAAUGUAGGGAGUUCACUGUAAACCUGAUAAGAAGAGCGGAAACGGCUGGAUUCAAAUCCUUGGCAGUGACUGUUGAUUCUACGGUCAACGGAUAUAAAAGGGGACCUCGGUUUAUUAUUCCACCAAACACGGUAUUUGUACAUGCACCAGAGCAAUUAAUGGUGAGUUCAACAGGCGCUCAAAGUAAUAAUCUAAGGAAUGUAAGUGACCCUUCGUUAACCUGGGAAUUCAUUGCAUGGAUGAGAUCAGUCACCAAACUACCGAGAGUACUGAAAGGAAUUCUCAGCCCAGAAGAUGCAUUGCUUGCCGGAGCACACAAAGUAGAUGGUAUCAUUGUAUCAAAUCAUGGUGGACGACAAUUAGAUACAGUUCCAGCAACGAUUGAAAUGUUACCGCAUAUCAUAGAUGCUGUGCGCGGUAGAGUUGAGGUUUACGUGGAUGGGGGCGUACGCACAGGCACUGAUGUAUUUAAGGCAUUAGCAAUGGGAGCCAGGGCUGUAUUCAUUGGUAGACCAAUCAUAUAUGGACUUAAGUAA